AUGAAGUUUACAACGGUUUUGGCAUCUGUGAAAAAGAUACGUAGAGAAGGAAACUAUGAUGUCAUUAGCCAAAAGAUUCCCAUGUCAAUGGAGUAUCGAUGUCUUCACUACAACCAUCUGGUCCUCGGUGACCUCGCUUUGGUCCUUGCCUACAUUACUGACUUUUAUGAACCUUAUGAUUUAUCGAACUAUUUAAAUGCACAUGGAAACUCUUCCUUUGUAAAAUUUAGCAAAUCAUCAGUAAACCUUCCAGUUGGAUUCGAGUUCAAGCUCGUGUUUCGAAUUGUGGAAGAAUAUUCUGGUUAUGGAAUAAUUAUGAUUGACAACAUAACAAUCACUCCCGGACUCUGUGAAUUUUGUAGUCUAGACGAGUUUCAAUGUGCAUCCUCUCGAGUUGAAUGUAUUCCAAUCCAUAAAGUGUGCGAUUUUGAACCUGACUGUUUGGGUGGAGAAGACGAAAACAAUUGUGAUAUCGAAAUUCUUGAGACAAUUUGCAAAGAUUGCAAUACGUCCAAAAGCAAUACCCAAAUUCCUGAUAAUGGAGGCACCAACGACGAAAAAGCUUUCAAUAUCAAUGCUUUCACUUCAAAUAUUUGUAGAAUCAGCUGCUUUUCGAAUAUUAAUUGUAGUUCUUCUGGCCUUUCGUUCACAUGUACAACUGGUGAUGUACCUGUGUAUGCAACCUCUAUUACCGUAUCUGGUUUAGUGCAAGACCGGUUGGAAUUCAAUGACAGUUUCUCAAAUUUGAGAGAAAUUGAUAUAAUUGGCUGUAACUUACAUAUAUUGCAGAUUACUUCUAAUAAUACGAUACAAAUAUUGACAAUAACCAACAGUUUUAUAAAUAUUGCUGAAAUUAAUGAUAAAUCUAACUCUCUUCGAUAUGUACGAUUCAUUAACUGUAGCUUUAAUGAGGUUAAUUUUUUCCCGAACAUUGAGCAUACAUUUGAAUUUUUUGUUCACCAAAGCAAAGUUGGGAAUCCAAGAACACCCUUAAACCUUGCAGCUUUUUAUGCAGACUUUUCCGAAACUCGUGGAUUUCCUUUUUUGAUUGAAUUGUUUAAACACGUUAUAGUGAAUCUAAGCUCUUGUAGCUUAGAUUUUCAACCAUCUUCGUAUUUUUGGACAGUUACGUUAGAUCUAAGUCGUAAUAAUCUUUCGACGUGGCAUUAUUUAUCCGCAAUUCAAAACUUGCAUCUUCAGAAAAAUAAUAUUGGGGCAAUAAAGUUCACAAGCGAUUUAAGACAAUCGGAAGCGCUGUUAAUUUAUUUAGAUCUUUCGGAUAAUUUUAUUACUCAUAUAAAUGAAUUUGAUUUUAGCAAUUUUCCUAAUCUUCUUCACCUAAAACUUUCUAACAAUCGUAUUACAGAUAUUCAUGAAAACGCUCUCUCAUUUAUAGCUAAAUUGCGUCUAUUAGACCUUUCGUCAAAUAACCUUAAUUCUGUAAAACUAAACCUUUUUAUAAGUCUUUCAAGUCUUCAAUAUCUUUAUCUUCAAAACAAUUAUAUAAAAGUUGUGGAAGGAAUGUUUGACGGGUUAAUAAGCAUUGAGCAUCUUCGAGUCGAUUCCUACACCUUAUGUUGCGCGCAACCUAAAACAGUAGGCAAAAUACAAUGCACAGCACCGGUGAAUGAGAUAUCCUCAUGCAACAAUUUGAUCGACAUUCCGUUUCUGAGCACUUUGAUUUGGUACAUUGCUCUUUUAGCUGUCUUUGGAAAUCUUUUCGGUCCGUUUUAUAGAGGCUUUUUACGGAACACACAGAAUCUUUCAUCCUUUGUAAUUUAUUCCAUCAAUUUAAGCAUUGCAGACUUUCUGAUGGGAGUAUAUAUGUUCACUAUAGCCGGAGCUAAUUUAAGGUUUAGUGGUCGUUACGGUUUUGAGGAUGAAGGAUGGAGACACAGUCACAUUUGUACUGUUGCUGGUGUUCUGGCUACUCUUUCAAGUGAAGCCUCCGCUCUGUUUGUUCUCUUGAUCACCAUUGACAGAAUAAUCAUUAUACGAGAUCCUUUAUCAAGUCUGCAGAGAAGUAAUUUGGUUUCAAAAGUUAUGACCGGUACGAUAUGGACUAUCUCAUUAUUUCUUUCUCUGUUACCACUAUUUGGUAGUGAUUAUUUUGAGAAUUACUAUUCUAGUUCGGGUAUUUGUAUCUCUCUACCUCUGUCAGUGUACCGUAAGCCAGGAUGGGAGUAUUCCAUGGCAUUAUUUGUUGGAGCUAACUUUCUUAUUUUCAUUGCCAUAUUUGUGGGGCAGUUGGUUAUAUUUGCUACUGUUGUGAGAAUGGGAGUGAAUGUUAACUCCAGCCAUUCUGCACAAAGAAGGAGAGAAAUUAACUUGGCCAAGACACUUGUUGCUGUCGCCAUUACAGAUAUGUUGUGCUGGAUACCUGUUGGUGUUAUUGGGCUUUUGACCUUCACGGGCAUCGACGUCACAACACAGGUGUACGCCUGGGUCAUUGUCGUUGUACUCCCCAUUAACUCGGCCUUGAACCCUAUGAUCUACACGUUUUCUGAAAUACUGAGACGAAGAGGGAAAGCAUAUAAGAACGAAUUACGAAUAACAAAUAAUUCAACUACAAAGGAAGAAGAAAACCUCGGCGAAAAAAACCAGGUGUCACUUGUUGAUGAAGGAACGUCAAGCCAGCAAGAUUGUAGGACGUCAUCGCCGAAGCGACCGGAAGUCCUUGCUGAGGAAUAUAUGUGAUCGAUUCUUAUAUAUUUUUAAAAUUCUUUAAAAUGUACAAUAUAUGUAAUUCCAACAGGUUACAGGAUUCGUUGACUAGCAUACUAGUAAAUAUAUUUCAAAAUAAUUUUUUGUUUAUUGUAUUAUUGUAACAAAUACAAUCAAGAUAUGAUUAAAAAGGCAACAAAAAAUGGACAAUUUGUGCAAAUAAAAUAAUGAUUGUGUGUUUAGGUCAAUAGUAUGUGUCUUUUAAUGCCAGUGUAAAAGUAUAAAGACAAUGCAGUAAAAGCUGCCGAUUAAAUGUCAAAUGAACAAAGUAUAUCAAAAUAAUUGUUUCAUAGUCUGUCUAUAAUAGUUUCCUCAUGAAAUGGGUGUUACCGUUGUAGAAUUGAUCUAAUGUUACAAAUCUAUGUAUUUAACGAUUGAUGUAAAUAAUACAUGUCUAUAUCGAUGUUAAUAUAUUGAAUUAUAAAAACCUGUGUAUAUGUAAUAGAGAUGAUUUUAUAUUUUAAUUUACUUGCUCGAGUCUUAAGUUUAUGUGCACGUGUCAGGUUUAAGAUUCACAUUAUUAAAUGAUUUUAAUUUUAUUUAUUGAUGAUUUCUGAUCAAUAAAUAAUGUUAGAAAAUGUCAUUAAGUAUUCUAUUAAAUGAGACUUAUUUCCUCGUACCA